AUGGCAGACACAAAUGUUGUUGACAGCGAUCAGCAGCAGUCACUGAAAGUGGCACAGACUCCUUCAUUCUGUAGACUUUGUAACGUCGAGUUACGGGGCUUGCAAACGUGGAAGGCUCACGUCAAAAGUGAUGGGCAUGUUCAAAAGCUACAAGAGAAAGUACAUGGUAUUACAGUGUCGUCAACACCAACUUCUGCUUCAAAAUUGUCUCCGUCUUCAAGACAGAAAAGGGAAGAGUUCGAAGACCCUGACCCGGAGUCCGAAAGUGACACUGAAGAUGAUGAUUUUGAAGAAGACCAGGAACUCGUCGCGACUGAGUUCGUGCCUGGUCAUUGCCUCUUCUGCACCAAAGACACCUCAGCUUUAGACGACAGCAUGAAACAUAUGUCUUCAGCACACGGCUUCAAUAUUCCCUUCCAAGAUUUCUUAGCCGUUGAUCUUGAAACGCUAGUUUCUUACCUUCAUUUCGUCAUCAACACAUACAGAGAAUGCAUCUGCUGCGGCACCCAUCGGAGUACAGUCGAGGGUAUACAGCAUCACAUGCUUGCCAAAAGUCACUGUCGCUUCGAUAUUUCACCAGAAACAGAAGAAUUCUACGAGAUACCGCAAUACGAAGAUGCCUUGGGGGAUAGAAAGCAAGAUGCAGGUGACCCGGUGAGACUGCCUUCUGGGAGAGUCAUCUCUCAUCGCAAACACGAGGAACCUCGUGCUCCUCGUCGGGAGACAGCAGACCAGAGUCUUCUUGACUCCUUAGUGCCUGUAGAGCCAGGUAUGGAGAUUGCGCAUCGGCGAACGGUAAAUGGAAAUCGAGAGGUUGUGCAGGCUUAUGAAGCUAUACUCGCUGCACAACUCUCGAGGCUCAAGGUUACUGGCGAUAGAGCAGCGCAAAGGGACGAGAAGCGGUGGAGGGGAAGAUUGGAACGAGCGAAUAAUUUCUUCGCGCUGAAGAGGUUUAGGCUGGAUGCUGCCGAUAGUCGAAUGGGUCGACAAUUCUAG